AUGAAGCAUAGGAAGGCGUGCGGUUGGGGAUCUACUAUAGGAAAGAGAAAGCGCGCCGACUUGGAUACUUCAAUGGAGGGGCGUGUGGAGGAAGAAGGGAUCCCCGGGGAAGAGAAGCCUAACCCAGAUAGACUCUUCACCGUAACCUGCGUGUGCAUAUACCUGCUAUGCAACACCAACUGCUACAACCAUUACUACCGUCUGAUGAGUCUUCUGAGGGAGAUUAGGACCUUCCACUUACACGAGCGAGUGAAUCAUUUCGUUAACGAGUUAGCCAAGGUGGACCCCAAGUGUCAGCAUGUCUGGAACAUGAAAAAUGCCCUCCUCUACAUGUACGUGGAGAUGUGCCUCAAGAGGAGUCACCUAGUUGUGAAACAAAAAAAAAAUAAGAAAGACGCGCAUGUAUAUUCAAAUGAGGAAAUUUUAAAAUACGUGAAGGACAAUUUCCGCUUUUUUGUUAACAUAUUGGAGCUCAAGUCGUACAACUAUAUGGCCACGUCUCACAUUUGUAAAUUUAAUCAGCUUAUUGGUUUUCUGUGCAUGCGAAAAAAGAACGGUCCUUGUGAAAGCACCUCACUUCGCAGAACGAUGGAGAAACGGUUUUACACAAUUGUAAAGAAAAAUGCCUACUACUACGCCAUGCACAAUUCGUUCCUUCUGGUCCAUCUUCAGGAUAUGUAUCUCUCCCUGGUGGAGUGUUUAAGGGACAGCUACUACUGCGUUGCCGUAAGGACAAACCUGUUUACGUAUAGUUUCGAUUUGGUCAGAGGACAUGAACUGUGCAGUGAUGAUCGGUGGGAGAUGGCGAAAGGUGGGUGGGUGGUGGUUGGAAGUCCCCGGUAUGGCAGUAACCGAUGUGGGUACGAGCGAGCGAACUCCAAGGGCGUGCACACAAGUAACAACCGUCGCAGAGAUGGUCGACACGACGGGGGAGAAGGACCCUUACAGGCAAUGUCCAACACUAUGGAAGAAAUCACGUACAGGGAAGAAGUGCACAUGGGGUACCCCCCUGUGAGAAGCCAUUUUUCCCACCACAAAAGUACAUACCUCGAGUAUAUCCUGUUUGAAAGGGAUGAGGGGAAAAAAAAAAAAAAUGAAACAACAGAAAAAAAUUAUGAACAGGUCAGAGAAUUUACGCCACAUAUAUUGUACAAAAAAUUGAAAAGCAAAAUGAAAAAAUAUAAAGAUCUUUCGAGACAGAUGAUCCACCUGUUGGACAAAUUAUAUAGCGAAAAAAUCUACAUUCAUUUUUAUUCCAAUGUGCUGAGGAACGUGCUGUACUGCCGAUGCAACUGUAACUUUUUUUUCCUCGAGGUGGUCUGUAAUGUAAUCCUACCGCUGCAGCUGAAACGGCCCAUUGGAGGGAAGAAUGAUUCACCAAUUGGGAGAAGCGAUGAAUGGGAAGGAACAUCUGCUUUGGAAAACCAACAAACGGUAAAAAAAAAACGCACACGGGAAGAAAUAUCACGGCUGCUGCGCUCUGUAGACCGUUAUCUUGAGAAAGAAUUGAAAUACCUCUUCCAUGAGUACACUCUCUUCAGAGUAAAAUAUAGUGGGGAAAAAAAAAACAAUCUCACCAAGCGGGUUAGCAGACUGCUCAAACGAGAGCAAAAGACGCAACAAACGGGAGAAGCCACAUGUCCCCCUUUUCUUGAAACCAGACAAAGCAACAGAUUAAUCCUCCAUGACAAACUCAACUGUAAUGAUAAUUUACACACCUUGAGAAAAAUAUACUUAGACAUAUUACGCUUUUUUAAAAAGACAAAAAUGAAAGAUUUGAACAAAACGGGCACCUCGUUUGGUCAUUUGGCCAACCGCCAAUCCAAGACAACACCCAGAAGAGGUCCAAACGAAAUGCCCUUUUUGAAGUUCCUUUUUUCCGCGAAUUUCCGCCUCUUUUUGUGUGAGCACAGGUACGCGCUUUAUCUGCUACGCGAGUUGCAAGAAUGA